AUGCAAACCAACGCGACUCUUGACUAUUCUAGCCCUAUCUAUCUUUCUACGUCUGAUGUGCCUGGAAUUUCACCUGUUCCUGUACCUUUUGCGGGUAAUGGUUUUGGGGGUUGGAAGUGUAACAUGAUAGUAUCCUUAUCUGCUCGAAACAAGAUAAGACAUGUUGAUGGCUCUUGUCCAAGGCCAGAUGAGGACUCUCCUCAAGUUAGGCAAUGGAAUAGAUGCAACAACUUAGUCAUAUCUUGGUUGACAAGCUCCUUAACCCCUGAUAUUGCUGAGAGUGUUCAGUACUCCGAUACUGCUGAAAGCAUUUGGAAUCAAUUGUGCAAAAGGUAUGGGCCUCCAAGUGGAACUAAGAUUUUUGAACUUAAGAAAGUGUUAGCAUCUACUAGUCAAGGAUCCCUGGACAGUGCUUCCUAUUUUAACAAACUCAAGAAGUUAUGGGAUGAGUUUAGGUUCAUGUGUACAGAUCACAUAAAUACUUGUACUUGUGCUGCUAAACCUGGUCUUCAGCAGGAAGAUGAAGAAAAUAAGGUAUACCAAUUUCUGAUGGGGCUAAAUAAAAUAUAUGUUGGGGUUAGGAGCAAUUUGCUCAUGAUGCAACCUUUUCCUUCUCUUGAUGCUGCAUAUAAUAUCUUUCUUCAGGAUGAGAGACAGAGGCUGGUGAACUUUCCUGCACAAUUUUCACCUGAUUCGGCUUCUUUUAAUGUCAAUCUCAACAAAAUAUUUCCUGCUAGUACAUCUCACCCUAUCAAAACCUAA